UGUGACACCUCUAGUUUUAACCUCCCUCAAAAAUGGUGAUUCAAGUUUCAUUUGGAUUUCAAAAAAAAAAAAAAAAUAUUCUUUUCUCUUACUGGAAUAAAUUAGGUUUUUGACACCAUCCCAAUAAAUGAUCAAACUAGUGGAAAGGGAUAACUGCAAGUAGAGAUACAUUUAGAGUGCCUGCAGGCCAAAACUUAUAUGUUCAACAAAUGUAUGGAUAAAAUAUCUCAAAUGAUGUAUAUUUAAAUACUACAGAUACAGAAUUACAUAAGAUAUUUAAUACCUUAAGUUUAUUUUUUGAGAUCAUGUAUACUAGUACUCGAGAAUAGUAAAAAAAAUCAUUCCCCAAAAUGUGCCAUAACACUAACAGAAAAUGUUGGUUUUUGAUCUUAAUCAUGUGUGCUGCAUGUAUUACCAUACAUACAAUCGGAUCUGUAAGGAUUAUAGGAUACAAUAUAAUUACACCAAAUCGAAUAAGAUUAAGUAAUGUUGACAUAAAUCACCUUGGAAACACUCAUCAAGAGGGAUCAAAUCAAAACAUAUUUCCAAAAUGGCUGCCAGAAAACAAGAUGGCCGACCACAUAUCUCAAAGCACAAGAACUGGAAUUACAAAGAAUGAUGACAAUAUGGUGGGUGUUUCACCAUUUGGACUAUCGAAAGACACAAACCCAUGGCUUGUGUUGUAUAAUCGAUUGCCAAAAUCAGGCUCAACAACUCUCAGGAGUAUUUUUGAAAUAUUAUCAAAAACGAACAAUUAUACCUUUUUACAGUCGCGAGAAUUCCAUGAGCAUCAUUUGGAUAGUGGCUAUGCUAUGAAUGCUUUCAUAAAAUCAUUUGGAAUCAAGCAACAAAAAGUUGUAUUUGAACGCCAUAUUCACUUCAUGGAUUUCACAGCAUUUGACGUCCAGCAACCAGCUUAUAUCAACCUGAUCAGAGAUCCGAUAGAGCAGGUGCAAUCAAGGUAC